AAGCUUAGCAACGGCGGACUUCCGUCCUCGCUCCGGCUUCUCAGGGAUCCGCUUCCGGGGCAGAGGGCGCCCCCGCCCCUCCUGCAAGAUGGCGAGCGGCGCCACCGGGGGGGCUUCAGUACCUGCGCUCUGGAGUGAAAUUAACCGUUAUGGCCAAAACGGCGACUUCACGCGCGCUCUCAAGACAGUCAACAAGAUUCUGCAGAUCAACAAGGAUGAUGUAACAGCCCUGCACUGUAAAGUCGUAUGCCUUAUCCAGAAUGGAAGUUUCAAGGAAGCCUUGAAUGUCAUCAAUACUCACACCAAAGUGUUAGCCAAGAUACCAAUUUUUAGGUUCCUAUUUAGUGGUUCCAGAAAUGAUUUGUCUGGUGUUGUAGACUUAACACCAACUACUCAUCUGAUUAUUUUUACUCGUUAUUUGUCCUUUCAGUUGUACCGGUUGGAACGCUAUGAUGAAUGCUUAGCUGUGUACAGAGAUCUUGUCCGAAACUCCCAAGAUGAUUAUGAUGAGGAAAGAAAAACAAACCUUUCAGCAGUUGUUGCAGCUCAGAGCAAUUGGGAAAAAGUGGUUCCAGAGAACUUGGGCCUCCAAGAAGGCACGCACGAAUUGUGUUACAAUGCUGCAUGUGCACUGAUAGGACAAGGCCAGCUGAACCAGGCAAUGAAAUUCCUACAAAAAGCUGAAGGUUGGAAGUUUAUUAAAAUUAUAUGUAAUGUAAUGUGCGUAAAACGUUGUGUAGUAUCUCCAGAAGUUGCAUUUGACUUUUUUGGAGUAAUUAAAUGGAGGUUAUUAAUGCAGUGGGAAUUUCUCAAGUGUCAUCUACCUUUCUCUUGGGCUGUUGACCAUAUCUCUCCUGUAUUUCUUAUUGACAGUGAGGAGGCUUUGCAACUUUACAAUCAGAUAAUAAAACUCAAGCCAACAGAUGUGGGAUUGCUAGCUGUAAUUGCAAAUAACAUCAUUACCAUUAACAAGGUAUGGAAUAUCCAUGGCUUUCCUACAAGCGAAGGCAGAUUUGCACCGACUUUGUCCUGGAUAGAAUAUAUUCAAAGUAAUGAUGUUUCUUCUUUUAGUAGCCAGGGAGAUUUGAAAAAGAAGAAGAAGAAAAAGAAGGGAAAACUGCCUAAGAAUUAUGACCCAAAAGUUACCCCAGAUCCAGAAAGAUGGCUACCAAUGCGAGAACGUUCUUACUACAGAGGAAGGAAGAAGGGUAAAAAGAAGGAUCAGAUUGGAAAAGGGACCCAGGGAGCAACUGCAGGAGCUUCAUCUGAAUUGGAUGCCAGUAAAACUGUGAGCAGCCCUCCCACCUCCCCAAGACCUGGCAGUGCAGCAACAGUAUCUGCCUCUACAAGUAAUAUCAUACCCCCACGACACCAGAAACCUGCAGGGGCUCCAGCAACAAAAAAGAAACAGCAACAGAAGAAGAAGAAAGGUGGAAAAGGUGGCUGGUGAUUAGAACAUU